GUAAACGAGCGAGUCUUGGGCGCUUUAAAAAUGGCGGAAUAAUCGUCAGGUUAUUUCUCUUCGAAUGCGAUGGCGGAAUUGAAGGAUACUGUGACAACGUCCGUUGUGAAUUCUGCAAAACAGAAAGAGAAAAUAUACGCUGCAGUAUUUUUAAGCACUGUCGCAAGUAUUUCUGCCUUUGCUGGCUUUGCCAGAGCAGUGGGGGUUACCAAAAAGCAAGACCCAAAACACUUUGGAGAAGGAAUUUCUGGCAUUAAAGGAAUCAAUGAAACAGGAGCAUCAUUAGCGAUAAGAGCCCUUGGCUGGGGCUCGCUUUGUGCUAUCACAGGAUGUGGCUUAUUUUUCUAUGGAAUCUGGAAAAUCUCUGGAGCCACUAAUGCAGAGGAAUUUAGGUUCAAAAUGGGUUCCCUAUUACCAAAAAUACCAAAGAAUAAUCCACCUCAAAGCAGAACAGAAUUUGAGGGUUUAACAGAUCUAUUGACAUACAUCUCCGAAGAUUGGGGACAAAAUAAAGAGGAAUGAAGAUUUGAACAUAUAUAUUUAAUAUGUAUGUAUCUUGCUUGUGAUCAGCAGGUCACUGUUGACAUGCAAUGGGUUUACGAAUGGCGUGAUCACUGAUCAGUCGAGAAUCGUACGAUAGUACGAUGAAUCAUGCACGAGUUUAUCGCGUGUUACCAAAUAACUCAUCGUGCGUAUAUUAAAAAGAUUGAAUGAGUUUUUUAUAAAAUCGUAAAUUAAAUCAAUUGUAAUAAGUUAACUUGUGGAUAAAUAUUGUAUAUAUUUAUUAUAUAUCUAGUUAUAUAUAUAUAAUAUUGCCUAAAUAAAAAUUAUAAAAUUAUAAUACAUCCGAGAAACAUCAUUACCAGCAUCAAAUUAAGAAAAGUAAUUAUUUAAUAAACGUGGUUAAUUACCACGUGUGGUUAGUUAUUAUUUAAAAAAAAGUUAAAUUUUGAUAAUAAAGUACUACUGAAAUAAAAUACUACUAUAUUAGAGAGUCUUAUACUUAUUGUUAGCAAAAUAUUUAAUUUGCACUGUUACAUUUACGUUUGUCCGUUGUUGCUUUACAUUGCUUUUUCAUGAUUUUUCAUUUAAAUUCUAUGAGAUUUACUAGAUUAUCUAUAGUCGAUGAAUUUUAAAAAAGAUUCAAGGUUUAUCAACUAGCCUAAAAAAUUCUAAAACUAAUUUACACUUAACAAAAUUCGCAAUAUUUUGAAAAAAUAUUUUUAAAUAUUGAUUUUUCAACGUUUUCCGUAAAAUUAUGUAAUUUUUAAAAAUUGAUAAGUAAAAGUGAUGAAAAAUCAGUUAUUGUUUAAAAUGUUCAUUAAGAGAUUUAAUAUUAUAUAAAAAAUAUAAGAUUAAUUUAUUUGUUAUUUCGUAAAUAAUCCAUAUAAAUGUAUGCAAUUAUUCGUAUUUUUUUAUGUAUAGAGGAAACUUCGAUCUUUUUGAAAUAAAGUUGAGGAUGUAUCUUGUAUUCUCCUCUCUUUUGAUAUGAAAAAUAAAAUUGGAAUGCAAUAGAAAAGUGCACUUUUUUAUACUAAAUGAUUACUGAACCAAUUUUUAAAAAUUAUGCAUUUUUGCAAAAAAACACCGAAAAAUCAAUAUUUAACAGUGCACAUUUCUAAAAAUAUAGCGAAUUUGAUAAAGUGCUUGGCACAAAUCACAUUUUUAAAGCUUUCCGACCGUAUUUCAUAAUGAUUAAAAUCUCGGAAGGUCAUUUUAAAUGCUGCAAAAUCGAUUUCGCCUUCAGAAUAUCUCCCGAUUAGUAAUUAAUUUAUAAUGACUUGCUGUUAAAAAGAAAUUAAUCUGUUACAAAGAUCUUAUUUUAUUGAAGUAUCAUGUAUAACAACGUAUCACAUAUGUCUUAUUAAUAACAAAAAAGAUUCAAUAAAUUUUUGAAGUAUGAUAUCAAUAUGAUAAUGACAGAACAUCAGUUGGUCGUACGCGUUGGCUAUCUAUAUACAUGAUAAAUCACGUUAAAAGAACGUGAGACUCGGCUGUAUACUUAUGCUAUAUAAAGAAGACUGGUACAAAGGUGAUCUUGAAAUGAACAUAUAUUAUUGCAUAAGAAGCGACAAUGUAAUAGUAAAUAAUCGACGACACGUGAAUAGGUCAAGUGUGUAUUAUUAAGAAUUAAUCGGUUUAUAUUCACGAAACAAUAAGUUGAGUAUUUUACUUGGAAAAUGUGACUUUUUAACGGAAUAUACAUAUUUAUAAUAAUCCGUAAUUUAAAGUCGUAAAUUAAAGUCUGACAUAACAUUAACACAAUAAAUUCGUAAGCGAUUAUUAAAAGUACACAUUUUUUCGUAAUCAAUUAAUAAAUUGAUAAUUUAUCUGACAACUACAAUUAAAGUACGUCAUAUUAAAAACUUGGCGAUAAAAGAAUUUUUCAUGCGUAAUUUUUUUUAAUGAGAACUUUUAAUUUAUAAAAAUGUCAAGUGUUUGCGUUCUUGAGACAAGAUGCAUUUUCAAUGAAACUAUACACAUAAAAAUAGAAAUAAUAUUUAUAUCUUUUUUAUUAACUAAAAAUUAUAUAUUAUUGUAACUUUUCCCGUGAGAAUGUAUUAGAGAGUCAACAAUAUUCGUAAUUACUUAUUUGAGGCCUCUUUUUAAGUUUCUCGACGGUAAAAUGUACAGAUUUUAAUCUAUAUAUUUAAUCUAAUGUAAUGUGAAUUUGAUAUCAGUUCAAUAAAUUUGAUAAAGUACCUUUCUUAUGCUUUCUACAAAUUUAUUCCAUCAAUACAUGCAAGCUAUUUUACUCUAGACAUUUUAUUAACACAAAGUAUACAGAAACUAAUAAAAAUUCUGAAAUUCUUCAAGAAUCCGCGAAUCAGAUAAAUAUCAAUCAAUAAAAAUAAUAAAAAUUACGUUGUCCUUUUGACCGUUAUAAAGACUGUUCGUCAGAUGGAUCCUCAUUUUCUUUGGCCACAUUUGCUACAAACAAUACCGUAAACGCUUCUCAGCACAUUCCUCUAUGUAUUAUUUAGGUCGAGACUUUUACUUUGACGCAAGCAGCUAAAUCUUUAUAUAACGGAGUUACAUCUAAAAUAUUUUCUUUCCAACAUUUAUGAUCAUUGAUUUACGGGUCAUACGAUAAUUCUGCUUAAACAGUAAAAAAAAAAAAAUAUCGUUUUAUUGAUUUCUCUCUUCCGUUUGAAAUUGAAAUGAUCGCGAAAAAAAAUUUACGAAUUUUUGCUCAUCAAGCUUAUGAUAAUUAGGAUUAAAGCACUAUGGGAUAUUAUAGGAUAACAAGUGAGAGAAUUCUGUAUAUCAUGCAGGACUUAUGAUAAGAAAUUAUUAUUUACACAUGUAUAUAUUUGGUCUUAUAAAUUAUUAUUAAAUAAUAUCAAUAUUAAAUUGCACAAAAGAGAAAUAUAGAUAGUAACAAAAUCAUAAUAACAAUGUUGUGCAACAGCCGGUCAGACCUAAGAAAUGGAUGUACACGCUUACGUGCACUUCCACAAUAUAUAUAUGCGAAAGUUUUUAUUAAUCAUAUAUAAGAAAAUGAAAAGGAGAAUCGCUGCGUGUUCAUCUCUCGAGCGAACCUCCUCCUCAGGAUGCUUUUCGCGCAUAAGAAAACGUUAAUUGGCUAUGUAUCCUACGAUCCAAAGAUCUUGCAAAAUUUAAAUUUUAAAAGAUCGAUCGUUAAGAUGUAAAAAUUACAUGAAAUAUGAAUGCUAGAUUUUGUAAAUUCGAAAAUUUAUGAAUUUAUUAUUUUACGAGAUCUAUAUGUAAAUAUUAGAUAAAAUAAUCCUGUAAAAUACAUAUCUUCUUAAAUAUAUAUGUUUUAGGAUCUACCGAUUCGCGAAGAUUUUUUUUUACAGAUUCAUGAAUAUAUAUUUUAUGAAUCCUAGGAUAUAAAGAUCCUGAGAAAUCGCACCCAAGAUCUAUAACCUCUAGGAUAUACGGCUUCUAGAAUCUAAAGAGUUUAAGAGAAAUAUGAUUUCUAGGCUCUAUGGACUUAAAAUUCGAUGGUUCCUAGAAUAUAUCAUAUGAUUUUCUAUAUAUCUAUAUAUGAACUCCAGAAUUUAUUUAGAUUCUUAUAAGAUGUAAAUCCUACAAAUCUUAAAGGUUUAAAGUUGUUCUGUGCGCUUUAGGCUUUAUAUAACUUUGAAUUUCGACACUCUAAUUAACAUAAUUUUAAUAGUUAGAAUUAAAGCUCUAAUAUAUAAUAGACAUAAUUAGAACCGGGAUAGGCAGAGAAUAAUUUCAUGCCUAAAAGUAAUAUUUCUGACGAGUCUUUCCUAAUUUGGCUUAUGAAUACAUAUAUGUAUAUUCGUAAACCAAACAUGUGUUUAUAUUUUUACAAACAUGUAUUUAUAUUUUUAUUAUUAACAAAAUUAACAUAAGACAUAUUGUAUUUAAAAAUAAUAUUAAUUAUAAUAUUAAUAAAAAAAUAUGAUUAUUAAUUUUGUUUAUAACAUGCAAUUAUUAUUUAAAAAAGUAAUUUUUAAAUAGAGAAAAAAAUAAAAUUACGUUAAUUUAAAAUUCACAGUUCGGAAAUCACAGUUCAAGAAUCAUUGUUUUAAUUAGUGGUAACCACUAAAUGCGCGAAUCCUAGAAGCCGUUGAAUCCUAACAUCUCCUAAUAUAAAUAGAUCCUGGAUGUAUAUGGCUACGUCGACCAGCGGCGUGAAAAAGAAAAA